AUGGAGAGCGUGGCGGACGUCUUGCCCUUCGAAAUCUGGUUGCGCAUCUUUAGCUUCAUAGAUGGUAAGAUUCUGUUGAACACGGUGGCCUUGGUGUGCGGGCAGUGGCGCAGCCUGGUCGACGACGAGGAGGUGUGGGAGACCCAGGUCCGGCGGAUCCUCGCGGACCACCCCGACCCCGUCCUCGCCCCACCGCCCACCGCCCCCACGCCCGCUCCUACCGCCGCCGCCGCCGCCGGCACCACCCCCGAUUCACCAGCACCCACCGAUUACCAGUACACACACCAGCCCUUCGGCCUCGUCGACGAGCCUCUCCUGUGGAAGGAGGUGGGGCGCACGGGUGAGGUGGAAGCGGAGGCGGAGGAGAAGAUCGAGGUGUGGGACCGGGAGGCGCUGAAGCGGCGGGAGAAGAAGAGGAAGACGGAGGAGAACCGGCGGGCGUUCCGGGCCAGGGCCGAGAGCUGGGUCAAGCCCAAGGACCGCACCUGGAAGUGGCUCUACCGCGCCAAAACGAAUUGUCUGAUGGAAAUCGAGAGUCCAAGCGGAAUUGGGUGGAAGGAAUGGAACGAGACCGACGGCACGUUCGUGCGCUAUGAGGGCGAGUGGAAGGAGGGCCAAUUCCACGGCGCGGGCAUCAAAUGGCACAGGGACGAGGACAAGCAGUGGAAGUGCGUGGGCCAGUUCGCCAACGACUACGCGGACGGCGAGGCGAAUGCCGUGUGGGCUCACACGAUGGUCAUCUACGAGGGCCUCUGGCAGAACGGGCUGCCCCACGGCUACGGCGUCAAGAGCCACCCCAAGGGUACUGCCGCCGCCGCCGCCGCUGCUCGUCAUGGCAAGUACGAGGGGAUGUGGGUCGAGGGCAUGGAGACGGGACACGGGAGGCACUCGUGGAACGACGGCAGCUACUUCGAGGGCGACUGGGUCGGGGGCCAGCAGAACGGGCACGGCACCUACGUAUGGAAGUCCGGCAACUGCUUCACGGGCCUGUGGGAGAACUGCAAUCAGGUCAAGGGCGUCAACACGUGGUUCGAUGGGCGGAGCUACGACGGCGAGUACCACGCCGGUGAGAAGCGCGGCCAGGGCACGUACACGUGGGCCGAUGGGAGUGUAUACAAAGGCGGGUGGGAUCAUGGCCUGCGGCAGGGCGAGGGCCGAAUGGAUUGGCCCGACGGCACCUGGUUCUUGGGCGUGUGGGACAGGGACGACCGGGUGGAGGUGCGGGAGUCGAAUGUGCGGGACUGGAACAAGAGAGACAAGCCCUACGAUCUGUACUUCCUGGAGGACGGCGACGUGUGGAACCGGAAGUACAUGCACGACAUCAAGGAGCGCAGGCGGCAGAAGAAGCUGGCCAUCGAGGAGGAGCGGCUCAAGCAGAAGCUGCUCGACAAGAAGACAUCGACUUCAUCGCCGUCAUCGCCGUCGGUUGGCGCCGAGCUCCAAGAGCUGCCUCUUGCCUGA